AUGGGCUUCUCUGAGCGGCUGGAGAAGCAGCCUCUCCUGUUUGGGCUCUUCCUGGGCAUGUACCUGGUCAUCGUGCUGGGAAAUCUGCUCAUCAUCCUCGCCAUCGGCUCUGACCUGCACCUCCACACCCCCAUGUACUUCUUCCUGGUCAACCUCUCCCUCAUCGAUACCUGCUUCAUUUGCACCACUGUCCCCAAGGUGUUGGGGAACAUCCAAACACAGAACCACACCCUCUCCUACACUGGGUGCCUUGUGCAGAUGUACUUCUUCAUGGCAUUCGCUCUGCUGGAUGACUUCCUGCUGGCCGUGGUGGCAUAUGACCACUAUGUGGCCAUCUCCCUUGCUCUCCACUACACCAUGGCCAUGCAACCCCAAUGCUGCCUGCUGCACAUGGGUGCAUCCUGGCUCUGCUCCCACCUUUUGGCCUCCUCACUAGCUCUCCUGAUGGGUCGAUUCUCCUUCUGUGCCUCCCAUUCCAUCCCAUACUUUUUCUGUGAUCUUGUCCCACUCCUCAAGCUUGCCUGUUCAGACACCUAUAUCUUUCAAGUUAUGAUGUUCAUAGAAGCAACCCUCUCAGGUUGA